AUGAAGUCAUUUCGUCAGAUUCUACUGAUCCUGAAUCUAUUUUCUGUUGCUAAUGUGGCUGGGGUUACAUCACAUCCUGCAGGGGCGACGCUGCUGGAGGUGAAGAAGUCCUUCCGCAACGUCGGCAACGUGUUGUACGACUGGUCCGGCAACGACUACUGCUCCUGGCGCGGCGUCCUCUGCGACAACGUCACCUUCGCCGUCGCCGCGCUGAACCUCUCCGGGCUCAACCUCGAGGGCGAGAUCUCUCCGGCCGUCGGCAGCUUGAAGAGCCUCGUCUCGAUUGAUUUGAAGUCGAAUGGGCUCACCGGCCAGAUCCCCGAUGAGAUUGGCGACUGCUCGUCGAUCAAAACGCUGGAUUUGUCCUUCAACAACCUUGAUGGCGACAUACCAUUCUCGGUAUCCAAGCUGAAGCACAUUGAAACCUUGAUAUUGAAGAACAACCAGCUGGUAGGCGCAAUCCCGUCCACGCUAUCACAGCUCCCAAAUUUGAAGAUUUUGGACUUGGCUCAAAACAAACUGAGUGGGGAGAUACCAAGACUAAUCUAUUGGAAUGAGGUUCUUCAAUACUUGGGAUUGCGCGGCAACCAUUUAGAAGGAAGCCUCUCCCCGGAUAUGUGCCAGUUGACCGGCCUUUGGUACUUUGAUGUGAAAAACAAUAGCUUGACUGGGCAGAUACCAGACACAAUUGGCAACUGUACGAGUUUUCAGGUCUUGGAUUUGUCUUACAAUCAAUUGACUGGUUCAAUCCCGUUCAACAUUGGUUUCCUUCAAGUUGCUACACUGUCCUUGCAAGGGAACAAGUUCACUGGUCCUAUUCCAUCAGUUAUUGGCCUCAUGCAGGCACUUGCUGUACUAGAUCUGAGUUACAACCAAUUAUCUGGCCCAAUACCAUCGAUACUAGGAAACCUGACAUACACUGAGAAACUAUACAUGCAAGGCAAUAGGUUAACUGGGACAAUACCGCCAGAGCUUGGGAAUAUGUCAACGCUUCAUUACCUAGAACUAAAUGAUAAUGAACUUACGGGGCUCAUUCCGCCAGAGCUGGGAAAGCUUACAGGCUUGUAUGAUUUGAACCUUGCAAACAAUAGCCUAGAAGGACCAAUUCCCAACAACAUAAGUUCUUGUGUGAAUCUCAAUAGCUUCAAUGCUCAUGGCAACAAGUUAAAUGGGACCAUUCCCCGUUCAUUGUCUAAACUUGAGAGCAUGACCUCUUUGAAUCUGUCGUCAAAUUCUUUGAGUGGACCUAUUCCUAUUGAGCUAUCAAGAAUCAACAAUUUGGACAUCUUGGACUUAUCCUGUAACAUGAUUACUGGUCCGAUUCCAUCAGCCAUAGGCAGCUUGGAGCAUCUACUGAGACUUAACCUGAGCAAGAAUAGUCUUAUCGGAUUCAUCCCUGCGGAGUUUGGUAACUUGAGGAGUAUCAUGGAGAUUGACUUGUCCAAUAACCAUCUUGGUGGUCUGAUUCCUCAAGAACUUGGAAUGCUACAGAAUCUGAUGUUGCUUAAAUUGGAAAAUAACAAUAUAACUGGGGAUGUCUCUUCAUUGGUGAACUGCUUCAGUCUAAAUAUUUUAAAUAUGUCGUACAAUAAUUUGGCUGGUGUUGUCCCUACUGAUAACAACUUUUCAAGAUUUACACCUGACAGCUUCUUGGGUAAUCCUGGACUUUGUGGAUAUUGGGUUGGCUCAUGCCGUUCCUCCAGCCACCAAGAGAAACCACUAAUCUCAAAGGCUGCAAUACUAGGCAUUGCUCUGGGUGGGCUCGUUAUUCUCCUGAUGAUUCUAGUAGCUGUUUGUAGGCCGCACAGCCCUCCUGCUUUCAAAGAUGACUCUGUAAGCAAACCAGUGAGCAAUGUCCCGCCCAAGCUAGUGAUACUUAAUAUGAACAUGGCCCUUCAUGUAUAUGAAGACAUAAUGCGGAUGACUGAGAACUUGAGUGAGAAAUACAUCAUUGGGUAUGGGGCAUCGAGCACAGUUUACAAAUGUGUUCUGAAGAACUGCACACCGGUGGCAGUCAAAAAGUUGUAUGCCCAGUACCCGCAAAGCCUGAAACAAUUCCAGACUGAGCUUGAGACUGUUGGCAGUAUCAAACACCGGAAUUUAGUCAGCCUGCAAGGAUACUCCCUCUCACCUGUUGGGAAUCUUCUCUUCUACGAGUACAUGGAAAAUGGCAGCCUCUGGGAUGUUUUACAUGAAGGUCCAUCCAAGAAGAAAAAACUUGAUUGGGAGACUCGCCUUAGGAUUGCUCUUGGUGCUGCUCAAGGCCUGGCUUACCUUCACCAUGACUGCAGUCCGAGAAUAAUCCACAGGGAUGUAAAAUCAAAGAAUAUUCUCCUCGACAAAGAUUAUGAGUCCCACCUUACGGACUUUGGCAUUGCUAAGAGCUUAUGUGUUUCAAAGACUCACACGUCGACCUAUGUCAUGGGCACCAUUGGAUACAUUGAUCCCGAGUAUGCGCGCACCUCCCGCCUCAACGAGAAGUCUGAUGUCUACAGCUAUGGCAUUGUUCUGCUGGAGCUGCUGACUGGCAAAAAGCCCGUGGACAACGAGUGCAAUCUCCAUCACUCGAUCCUAUCGAAGACGGCAAGCAACGCGGUGAUGGAGACCGUCGACCCCGACAUCUCAGACACCUGCCAAGAUCUCGGCGAGGUGAAGAAGAUAUUCCAGCUGGCGCUCCUCUGCACCAAGAGGCAGCCAUCCGAUCGACCGACGAUGCAUGAGGUGGUGCGUGUCCUGGACUGCCUCGUGCACCCUGACCCGCCGCCGAAGCCCACCCAGCCGCCGUUGUCUCCGCAGACGCAGGCCGUCCUCCCGAGCUACGCCAACGAGUAUGUCAGCCUGCGUGGCGCCGGAGCGCUCUCUUGCGCAACUUCGUCGAGCACGUCGGACGCGGAGCUGUUCCUCAAGUUCGGCGAGGCCAUCUCCCACAACACCGAGUAGAGCAGCAGCAGGCGUCUGCCGACGUGGAACUCGGGUGGCGGGUGCAGGUAGAAGUGAAGUGGAGUAGCAGUAGCAGGAGCUAUGUAGCUCACAUUUUGUCUAAAUAUGUCCUGGGUGCCUGGAGAUUAACCGAGAGAAAGAAUGAUUCUCUGAA